UACUGAAAAUGGGAGAUAUUGAGAAGGGCAAGAAGAUCUUUGUCCAGAAAUGUUCCCAGUGCCAUACAGUGGAGAAGGGAGGCAAGCAUAAGACUGGACCCAACUUGAAUGGCCUGUUUGGACGCAAGACUGGACAAGCUGAGGGCUUCUCCUACACGGAUGCUAAUAAGAACAAAGGUAUCACUUGGGGUGAGGAUACUCUGAUGGAGUAUUUGGAGAAUCCAAAGAAGUAUAUCCCAGGAACAAAGAUGAUUUUUGCGGGUAUUAAGAAGAAGUCUGAGAGAGUAGACCUAAUAGCAUACCUCAAAGAUGCCACUGCAAAGUAAAAGUUAUCUGCUGCCUUAUUUAUUUCACAAAGGAGAUGGCAAUGGAAAUGUCUGUGACAAGAUUGGUUUUUAAACUUUCUAUUUUUACAUGUACUGUGUCUAACCUUACAAUCUGUCUCACCCAUCAGAUAACUUUGCUCACGGUGGGUCACUGGAGUACACGUUUGUUUGGCAGCCAUUAACAGAAACUAUGUAAUUGGGUUGAUUUAAGUUGCUAUGUUCAGUCAUUCUUGAUCAUAAAAUUAAAAAGCCCACAAUAAAUAAAC